AUGAGUACUGUAUUAAAGAAAAAACAAAAAAAUAUUGCUGAUUUAUCAAAAACCAUAAAAAAUCUUGGUUAUGACAUUCGCAAAGUUCAAGAUGGGGUCGCAAGAAGUAGUAACACCAGAUCUAGUACAUCCAAAACUCCUCAAAAUUAUACUAGUACCAUUUUCGAACUGUGGGAAGAAAUUGAUGCAUUAUUCGACGAGAAAAAGCAUUUCGAAAAGUGGUCCGUGGCAAAACUGUACCCAAGGAAUUUCCGUAAAAAAACGACUAAAAACCUGAAAGAAGAGACAUUAGACAUAUUAAAAUUACGGGUAUUGAAACAGAAUGAAGGGAUAGAUACUGAACUGGAAAGUGAGGAGAAAGAAAAAAUAAAUCACAAUAGCUAA